AAACCAACACUAGUUAAAAAUAUUCUGUUACAGAGUUUUGUACCAAAGCAGCAUGCAACCAAAAUGAAGCAAUAUGAUGCAGAGGUUUAUUCCGGACAGUUUUCUGAGGAUGGGUCACUAUUUUACACUUGCACAAAAGACUUCAUGGUCCAUCUCUAUGACAGCACUGACCCUGAAAGUUUCCAAGAAAUGAAAGCCAUACACGCUGUUGCUGGACAAUGGACGCUUACAGAUGCUAACCUGUCAAGAGAUAACAGCUGGCUUGCAUAUAGCUCUUUAACACCAUAUGUCACGCUGGCCAGCACGGAUGUCUAUAAUGAUAAUACUAUUGCUUUAAAUUUUAACGAAUCUAAGCUUGGUAUCCGAUGUGUACGUUUGAUAUGGUCUGUUCGAUUCUCACGUUCCGGCAAGGAGAUAGUUGCAGGAUCUUCUGCUGAUUCUGAGGAAGAUAGAUCUAUUUUGCUAUAUGACAUUGAGCGACAAAAGGUGAUAGACUCUGCAGGUGGUCAUUAUGGCGACGUCAAUGCUGUGUGCUUUGCCGACGAUGGAUCCAACCUUCUCAUCUCUGGUUCUGAUGAUAUGUCGAUUCGAGUAUGGGAUAGACGCACGUUACAUGGAGAAAUGGCUGCAGGAGUACUGGUCGGUCACACGGAAGGGAUCACAUACGUUUCACCUAAGGGCGACGGCCGAUACUUGGUAUCUAACGGAAAAGAUCAAUGUGCAAAAGUGUGGGACAUUAGAACAAUGGUCUCUUCAAGAGCAGCUGAGGAUACGAGAUUAGAUAGCGAAUUUGAUUAUCGCCGUGGUAAUUAUCCAGGUGUUCCAAGACUACAUACAAAAGACUCUUCAGUUAUGACCUAUCGUGGUCACAAGGUUUUGAGGACAUUAAUACGAUGUCAUUUUUCACCACCAUCCAAUACUGGUCAGCGCUAUAUAUACUCUGGUUCUGCCGAUGGUCGUGCACAUAUAUAUAAUCUUGAUGGUUCAGUAAAUCAAAUUCUGGAUGCUUCUGAAAUCAUUGGACAAUCAAGAUAUCGACAACGUCGGUCUUACUCUUAUACUUUUGGGUACGACGCUACGCCUUGUACAAGAGAUGUCAGUUGGCAUCCCUACCUGCCCAAUAUCAUAAGUAGUUCCUGGAGGGAUGACUACGGUUAUCUUCUCAAGCAUGACCUCUUAGAAUGA